GCGUCGGUGGCGUGUGACGUCGCACCGUCAAGCCAGAGAAGCUGCCGCGGUGGUUGUUUUCCCCUCCGCCGCCGUAGCCGCGCAACGGUCCCCGGGCCUGGGCGAGAUGGAGAGCGCCAGCCAGGAUAUCAACCUUAACUCUCCUAACAAAGGUCUCCUGUCGGAUACCAUGACCGAUGUACCCGUGGACAACCCCAGUGCCGCUGCCAUGGCUGCCCCGUCCAGGACCUUACCCUACAACGGUCUCACCGAAGCCGAGGAAGAAGAACUAAGGUCUGAGCUGAUCAAGGUGGAAGAGGAGAUUGGCACCCUGCGCCAGGUGUUGGCAGCCAAGGAGAGACACUGCGGGGAGCUGAAGAGGAAGCUGGGCCUGACCCCCUUGGAUGACCUGAAGCAAAACCUCUCCAAGAGUUGGCACGACGUCCAGGUUUCUAACGCCUAUAAGAAGACCCAGGAAACGCUCUAUCAGGCCGGGCAGAAGACCUCAGCUGCUCUGUCCAACGUGGGCUCUGCAAUCAGCCGGAAGUUUGGAGAUAUGAGGUAA